AUGCAGAGACUAAACAUACUUCUCUUAGCAUACCCGCUAGCGACGGAUUCCAGCAAAGUCCCAGUCUAUCUAGACCUUGACGAACUUGACAGCUAUCCAACUCCCUCCAUAGUCAAGAAGGAGGCUCCUGCUGCUACUAGCUCCAAGCCACUCCCAGCUCCCAAGGCCAACCCAAGGACUCGUGCUUCCACGGCGAAAAAGAGGAAAGGCCUUGAAGUCAGCGCUCCAAGCUCAGAAGGGUUCUCCUAUGACGAGCUCAGCUUCACCGAUUCCUUAGAGCCAAUGACAUCCUUCCUCAACAAGGGCCUCCAGCAUUUGCUCCACUUGUACAACGAUGCAUGUGGUACCGUCGCCCUUCAUGAAGCCAGGAUCAAACAGCUCGAAAGCACCGUUGCUGACCAAGGUGCCAUUGCUGAAGCGAAGAGCCGGCACUAUGAGGAUAAGCUGAAAAAGGUUUGA